UUCUUUCAAAACUUAGGCAAAAAGCAACUCAACUCGACACAGGAUUAGCAAAGCUUCAUGUAGCUCUUAAUAGAAGCUAUAUUUACACAACACGACUAUCAUAUCAAAUUAAAUAUCAUAAAUUGCGAAUUCAUACCAAUAUACCAUAAACUCGUGAAAUUAACGAUUCAAGACACCAUACAAAGUACAACUACAAGAUUGAGAUGACACGUUGAUUGCUAGUACGUAGUUUUCAACCUAUACAACGGGCCGACUCACUAAUUUUUAUAAAGAGAAUGCAACCAUUUUUCUUAAGAGAAAAAUCUGUUGGGAAAAAUAAGGCAAUGGUUGGAAAUCUGAUGGCAACCACGAAAAUUGAGAUUUUGCACAAAUCGGCGACGACAACAGUCUAUCGCCACAGCCACUUGUUGGCAAACUGGCAAUCGAGUCCCGCCAAUAAUCCCUCGCCACGUGUCGCGCUCCCAUUAACUACCAUAGAUUUCCAGUGGAUGAGAUUUAAUCAUCUUCUCCACCAAUUAUAAACUUCACAUCGCCAUUACCAUUUUUUCACCAGUCCCUACUCCAGCUCCAGAAAUCUACCUCCCAGCCGAAGAAAACCAGCCACGACAAUGGCGGCAGAGAUGGCUCUGGCAAAACCCACCAUCUCCAAAUUCACCGCCUCUUCCAGGAGAAGCAGCAGCAGGAGCCUCUCGUUCUGCUCAAUCAGAAUGUCCGCCGCCUCCACCGAAGCCGCCGCCGGCGGGACCAAGAAGAAGCUGCAGAAGACGGCGAUAAAGGAGACGCUGCUGACCCCGCGGUUCUACACGACGGACUUCGACGAGAUGGAGACGCUGUUCAACUCGGAGAUCAACAAGCAGCUGAACCAGGCAGAGUUCGAGGCCCUGCUGCAGGAGUUCAAGACCGAUUACAACCAGACCCACUUCGUCAGGAACAAGGAGUUCAAAGAAGCUGCAGACAAGAUGCAAGGCCCUCUCCGUGGGAUCUUCGUCGAGUUCCUCGAGCGAUCUUGUACCGCCGAGUUCUCGGGUUUCCUCCUCUACAAAGAGCUGGGCAGGAGGCUCAAGAAAACCAAUCCAGUUGUGGCGGAGAUCUUCUCACUCAUGUCAAGGGAUGAAGCCAGGCAUGCAGGGUUUCUGAACAAGGGGUUGUCAGAUUUCAACCUGGCAUUGGACUUGGGGUUCCUGACGAAGGCGAGGAAGUACACAUUCUUCAAGCCGAAGUUCAUCUUCUACGCGACAUACCUGUCGGAGAAGAUAGGUUACUGGAGGUACAUUACGAUCUACCGGCAUCUCAAGGCCAAUCCGGAGUUCCAGUGCUACCCGAUCUUCAAGUACUUCGAGAACUGGUGCCAGGACGAGAAUCGCCACGGUGAUUUCUUUUCGGCGCUGAUGAAGGCUCAGCCACAGUUCCUGAACGACUGGAAGGCCAAGCUCUGGGCUCGCUUCUUCUGCCUCUCUGUGUAUGUCACGAUGUACCUCAAUGACUGUCAGAGAUCAGAUUUCUAUGAAGGGAUUGGACUCAACACGAAAGAAUUCGACAUGCAUGUCAUCAUCGAGACGAACAGGACGACUGCCAGGAUAUUCCCGGCAGUGCUGGAUGUGGAGAACCCUGAGUUCAAGAGAAAGCUAGACAGGAUGGUGGAGAUAAAUCAGAAGCUGCUGGCUGUUGGAGAGACCGACGACAUUCCGCUGGUGAAGAACUUAAAGAGAGUACCUAUUAUAGCAGCACUGGUUUCGGAGAUCAUAUCUGCAUACCUGAUGCCUCCCAUUGAGUCCGGAUCUGUGGACUUGGCUGAAUUCGAGCCACGCCUUGUUUACUGAUUUGAUAGGAUUGUUGAUUAGCUGCGCCUUUGCUCUCCAUUUUUAGGUAUUCAGGUCUGCGAGUCUGUGCUUUGUCCAUGCUGAGACAUGAGAGAGCUUUGUGACAUAAAUAUCCACUUUGUUAAAACACACUGCAUGCUCAUUCAAACUCUGCAAAUAUCUGGUGCUCAAACAUUUAUACAAGCUCAAACGGAAAUCCUAAUAUACUUAAAAACCAGUGCCAUGGUGAUUCUUCCUUAGGGAAAGACACACAAACCAGUCUAGCUAGCUACAUUAUUAUCCAACAUUAUCGUCAAGAACUGCCACUCUCCACGCAUUACUCUUGUUAUUACUAGUUGCUCCACACCCUCGAAAAUGUAGCCUUGAAGAAACUCCUCUAGACCUGAAGCUGAAUCCCCAUCCUAUACAAUGCUAUAUAUACAGUUCGAAAUUUUCCCAUCCCCUUAUGAUCUGGACCUGCAUUGAAGAACAGCAAAGCACAGGGUAAAUCGUUCGGAGAGUACAUAAAGUUUAGGUAUGGUAAUAACACUCACAUCAAUAC